CAGCUCAAGACCGCAGUGGGGUGGAAGACGACAGGAGAGCACCAUGGAGAUCAGCGUCCUGCUCCUUCUCGCUGUCCUGACAGGCCUCUUGCUUCUCCUGGCCAGGGGCCACCCGAAGGCCAAAGGCCGCCUCCCGCCAGGGCCCCGUCCCCUGCCCUUCUUGGGAAACCUUCUGCAGAUGGACAGAAGAGGUCUGCUCCGUUCCUUCCUGAGGCUCCGAGAGAAAUACGGGGACGUAUUCAUGGUGUAUCUGGGGCAGAGGCCCGUGGUCAUGCUGUGUGGGACGGACGCCAUCCGGGAGGCCCUGCUGGACCAAGCCGAGGACUUUUCCGGCCGGGCACCAAUUGCUGUCGUUGACGAGUUCUUCCAGGGCUAUGGUGUGGUCUUUGCCAACGGGGACCGCUGGAAGACCCUUCGGAGGUUCUCUUUGGCCACCAUGAAGGACUUCGGGAUGGGAAAGCGGAGCAUCGAGGAGCGGAUUCAGGAGGAGGCCCAGUCCCUGGUGGAGGAGAUACGGAAAACUCAGGGAGCCCUCCUGGACCCCACUUUCUUCUUCCACGCCAUCACUGCCAACAUCAUCUGCUCCAUCAUCUUUGGAGAACGAUUUGCCUACAAAGAUCCACAGUUCCUGCGGCUGCUGGACUUGUUCUACCAGUCCUUUGCACUCGUCAGCUCCUUCUCCAGCCAGGUGUUCGAGCUCUUCCCCGGCUUCCUGAAGCACUUCCCGGGCGCACACCGGCAAAUCUGCAAAAAGCUGCAGGAGAUCAACGCCUUCAUCGGCCGCAGCGUGGAGAAGCACCGGGAUACCCUGGACCCCAACGCUCCCCGGGACUUCAUCGAUACCUACCUGCUGCGCAUGGACAAAGAGCAAUCGAAUCCGGACAGCGAGUUCCACCACCGCAACCUCAUCUUCACCGGGCUCUCGCUCUUCUUCGCGGGCACCGAGACCACCAGCACCACUCUCCGCUACGGAUUCCUGCUCUUGCUCAAACACCCCCAGGUCACAGAAAAAAUCCACAAGGAAAUCGAUCAGGUGAUUGGCCCCCAUCGCCUUCCAGCCCUGGAUGACCGGGCCAGAAUGCCCUACACAGACGCUGUCAUCCACGAGAUUCAGAGAUUCUCGGACCUCCUCCCCAUCAGCCUGCCCCACGUGGUUACCAAAGACACUUACUUCCGCGGGUACCUCCUCCCCAAGGGCAUUAACGUAUUCCCCAUCCUGAGCUCUGCCCUCCAUGACACACGCUACUUUGAAAAACCCGACGGCUUCCACCCUGAGCACUUUCUGGAUGCCAGUGGUGCACUGAAGAAGAAUGACGCUUUCAUCCCCUUCUCCUUAGGAAAGCGGAUCUGCCUUGGCGAAGGCAUCGCGCGCAUGGAGCUGUUCCUUUUCUUCACCACCAUCCUCCAGCACUUCUCCGUGUCCUGCCCUGUGGCCCCUGAGGACAUUGACCUCACACCCCGGGAGUGUGGGGUAGGCAAACUGCCCCCGAACUACCAGCUCCGCUUCCUGCCUCGCUGAGGAGGGGGGCAAGAGAAGGAGUCCAAGCUUUCCAGCAUCAUCCAGGGCCCCCACCUCUGUAGAGAAUGACCCCUGGUUCCCUCCAAGUCUUCCUGCUUCUGAGAGACCUGCUAUAAGCUGGUAUCCUUUCCCCACCUUAGUUCCCACCUCCAUUGGGAAGUCCUUUCUGCAGUCUCACCUCCUUCCAUCAUGCUGCAACUCUUCUAGACUCUAGGAGGUCAUUUCCUUUCCCCUGGAAAUAGAAAUACAGAAUUUGGAAGCAACCUCAAAACUGUCCAACACCUUCCUUGAUGAGGAUAGAAAAAACUGGGGCCUAAGAGAGGAAACUUGGCUCAGGGUCCCUCAGCAGUUCCACCUCCCAGGCUGCAGUUCAUGCUGGGUGACUUUGCCCCUUACACAGAACCACAACCCUUGUUUUUCAACUCCUUCUGCUCCAGAUCUGUGCCAAAGGGCUCUUCAUACGUGAUCCCACUUGAAUCCUCCUUCUGAUAGCCCCAUGCUAUGAUCAUGCCCAUUUUACAGAUGAGUAAAACGGAGGCCAGGCAGGGGCAGCCAUUAGCCAAGGUCACAUGACUAGAGACUGGCAAAGCAAGAUUUACCCUCUGUUUGACUCUAGAACCCAAACUCUUCACCACAGCCUCUUUUUACUUUUUUUUUUAAAUCAAGAUGAAAUUCACAGAACAAAAUUAACCGUUUUCAAGUGUAUAAUUCAGUAGAAUGUGUACAUUCACCAUGUUGUUCAACCACUAGCUCUAUCUAGCCUCAAAACAUUUUUAUUAACCCCAAGCCAUUAAGCAGUCACUCCUCAUUUCCCCUUGCCCCCAGCCCCUGGCAACCACCACCUUGCUUUUUGUAUCUGUGGAUUGAUGGGUUUUGGAUAUUUCAUAUAAAUGGACUCAGACAAUAUGGGA